AUGUCACAUCUAUAUUCACUGAUCCGGCCGGCGUCGGCAGCGCUCGCCAGGCUCCUGCCACUGCACCUACUCCUACUCCAGCUCGUCACUCUUGUCACCGCACAGCCCAACCCGCAGGCCUCCCCUCCACACCUGCCAGAGCGGACAUAUCUCGACACCGUAUGCAGGCCGCCGAUCCUCCACAUGGGGGAUGUAGUCGCACCCUGCAUCUCCAUCGAAACGACCGAGGCGCUCUGCUACCCAAACGGCACGACGCCGCUGCACCUGGACGCCCACGCCCAGUGCCUCUGUCGGGGAUCCUUCUUCGCCGAGUGGACCGCCUGCCGCGCCUGCCUGUCCCUGCACGGCCUGCUCGACGAUGCCGACCACUCCUUCUACCGAGCCGUCGCCACGUCCGCCUCGUCGGUGUUGUGCGGCUUCCUGACCGUCCCAGCCGCCGCGCCUGCACCGACGACAAUCUUCAAGGCGAUCUUCAGCUCCAUCGCGGCCACGCUGGCGGGUCGUCCUGCCAGUAUUCAAGUCGAGAGCGUCUCCGCCGCCACAGCGGGAGCUGGAGAUCCAGGUCCGAACGACAAGGCCCCCUACCAGACCGAGGUGCGUCUCUAUUACACGGCGAGCGGACCGCAAGGGCCGGGUCCUAUCACGGGGCCUGCUGCGGCUGCCACUGCGACUGGCCUGGAGUUGGAUACCGGCACGCCGACUCUACCCGGCGGCCCUGGACCGCAGACAUCGUCGCAAGCUGCUACAGGGGGUUCCGCUGGUCCAAACGGCACGGAAAUAGUGGGCAGUUCAACGUCGACACCGUCUUCUUCUGCUGCUAUUGCCAAGCCCUUCAGGGGGCUUGCUUGGAUGCUUGCCAUCACUCUGGUGGUGGCAGUAGCGGGUCUAAGGGUGUGA